UGCCAAUAAAAUGAUUUCGCGACGCGAUCAUUCGCGGAGUGUUGAACCGAUUUGAUGAUCGUUGUGCAAUAACUCAUCGUAUAUAAAGGAUUAUUAUUGAGAAAUCUCCCUUUUGUAUUUGAUCUUUAUCGAAGUAAGAGAGAGAGAGAGAAAGAGAGAUCGGUUAGAGAAGAUAUAUUUUAACGACUUUGAAUGGCACCACGUACGAGUAAUAGAAUAAUCGAAUCGAGGAUCGUCGAAUAGAGAAGAUUUCAAGUAAAACGAGGGGGGGAGGACAAAAAUGGGGUUACUUUUGUCGGUGCUCGUUGGUUGCGUUGGAGUCAUUGAAUUGUUAACGUGUUUUAAUCGAGCAUCCGAUCGUUCGAUUAUUCGAAUCGAUCCACCUACAACUUGUUUGUCUUACCACGAUCGUCCCCAAGGUGGAUUUACUGCACAUGAUUCUUUAUGCGGUAUCGGUCAUUCGAAAGAUCUCGAUUUAUCUUCCAGCGCCAAAUACAAAUUGGAAAACCUUCACGAAUACAGUUUGAGAAUAAGAAGCGAAAUUCGAUCGAAAGAUCCAACUUUUGAUGGCAGUACGCUUUCCGAUUGCAGUACUACCGAUCUUCUUCUUACUAAAUCCGAUUCGAAAUUAUUUGAUUCUGAUUUCGAACGUCUAUUUCGUGAGGUCAACGAACGUACUGAAGCUACUGCAGCUACGUUUGCCGAACAAUCGGAAGGAUACUUUAGUGUACCGAAAUCUAUUUCAAAUUUGACCUCUACUCAACAAUUGAAUUUGGACUUGAGCAACGAAUCCGAAAUAUUUUUCGACGAGGAUCUCUCGGAAAAACGAAUAAUUACGAAAUCGUUCGAUGUAUCAUCAAUUAGAGAUACAACGAAUUACGAAAAGAAUUCUAUUUCUUCUUCCUCCGGUAACGAAUCAGACGACGACGACGACGACGAAGUUGCGUCGAUUUUAAAAAGACCAAUUAUAAAAUCUAAAUCACCGGACAAUUAUACAAAAUCGGAUUACAUUGACCUAAGAGAAACUGAAAUAGAAGUUGACAAAAGUCGUCAGUCAUCUAAAAAAUCUAAAAUCAAACAAUCAACUUCGACUAUCGUACGUAAAGCAACGAGAUUGAAAUCUAAGAACACCGAGAUCAGUAAAUCAGCGGAAAAUCUUAGUACAAAGAGAUCAAAGAGAUUACGGGAACCUGAGAGACGUAAAUCAGACAUAUCUGUUCAAACGGUACGCGAUCUUUUAAAAGACGAAUGGACAAACACGUCACCUCCUGGUAGCCCGAGUUUAUCCAGAUCGGAAAGCAAAGGAAGUGUUUCUGUACAAGUACAAACGAGUUUUGAUGAGAAACCAUUUGUCGAGGAACUCGAAACGGAAGAAUUCCAAGUGGAUAAUCAUCAUCCUGCAUUUGGUUUGUCUGAAAGCAAACGGGAUUAUGAUUCUCGAGAGAAACGUGCUAAAAGUUCAUUCAAACGUAGAAGAUUUAAAUCAACGUCUACAGAUACUACGAGUACAGAGGAUUGUCAUGAUGGUCAUGUUAUGGAACGUGCCAUAACAUACGUAGAAAAAUCAGAGAAACAUGAUCAAUCUAGGAGUUCAUUGAAAAUUUCUGCUUUCGAAGAUGCUAAAAGAAACGAUUACGAGAGGGUCAGGGACAUCCUUUUAGAGUCAGAGUCGACAACCCAAAAGGAUCAUGAAAGGAGAGGGAAUAAGGAAAAUACAAUUGGAUUCGUCAAGUCGAUGUCCUCUUUCGAGGACGACGAGGAAUACGUCAGCGCGGAAGACGUGAGUUCAACCCACGGAAAAGGACACAUUGAAUACACCACACCUGACACCGAUCGGAACAAAGCUUUCUGGUUGAUUUUCAGUGGCGAGUACACGAAGGCGAUGAACAAGGACUGGCACAGCGGGCAUUUUUGUUGCUGGCAGUGCGACGAAUCCUUGACAGGACAACGUUACGUUCUCAGGGACGAGCAUCCUUACUGCAUCAAGUGUUACGAGAGCGUUUUCGCUAAUGGCUGCGAGGAAUGCAACAAAAUCAUUGGUAUUGACUCGAAGGAUCUUUCGUACAAGGACAAGCACUGGCACGAGGCUUGUUUCCUUUGCAACAGGUGCAGAGUAUCCUUGGUUGACAAACAAUUUGGAAGCAAGGUGGAUAAAAUUUAUUGCGGCAACUGUUACGACGCUCAAUUUGCUAGCCGUUGCGAUGGAUGCGGUGAAAUCUUCCGUGCUGGCACGAAGAAGAUGGAAUACAAAACCAGGCAAUGGCACGAGAAAUGUUUCUGUUGUGUAGUAUGCAAGAAUCCGAUCGGUACGAAAAGUUUCAUCCCUCGGGAACAGGAAAUUUAUUGUGCCGGUUGCUACGAGGAUAAAUUUGCCACUAGAUGCGUCAAAUGCAACAAGAUAAUCACCAGUGGCGGAGUAACAUACAAGAACGAACCCUGGCACAGGGAUUGCUUCACUUGCAGCAACUGCAAUAAUUCGCUGGCAGGCCAACGAUUUACGUCGCGCGAUGACAAACCUUACUGCGCUGAUUGCUUCGGCGAACUUUUCGCUAAGAGAUGCACCGCUUGUUCCAAACCAAUCACCGGAAUCGGAGGUACUCGUUUCAUUUCCUUCGAGGACAGGCAUUGGCACAACGAAUGCUUCAUCUGCGCCGGUUGCAAAACUUCCUUGGUCGGCCGUGGCUUCAUCACCGACGGAGACGACAUUAUCUGUCCUGAGUGUGCCAAGGCGAAGCUAAUGUAACGAGGAAAAGGUUUGGACGGUGGGAGAAAGGAUGAGGAGAAGGUGGAGCAAGCAAAAAAAAGAAAAAGAAAGAAAGAGAACGGAAAGGGUGUUGAGUAGUAGUAGUAAGGGAGUGACAGAGAAACAAA